CACCUUUGCCUCUUCUCUCGCGCUGCCUAGGCCCUCUCUCUCCAUCUCUUCUCCCUUGUUUUCUCCUCCUAUUCUAUAGAGGGAGUUUUCUCAAUUUUGAAAGAAAUUCGGAGAAGGGAGAAGAAAAGAGGAGAAAAAUGGCCGUCUCAUCCAGAGUGCAUUUCACCGUAAUGGUUCUUAUUUUCACCAUAUUCACUUUGCCUCUGGCUCAGGCACAAUUUGCCGCUCCGGCUCCGGCACCCACAAGCGACGGGACCACAAUAGACCAAGGAAUAGCAUAUGUUUUGAUGUUGGUAGCAUUGGUGCUCACGUACCUUAUUCACUGAGUGUGUGUGUGUGUUUUUCUUUUUUUAAGGGAAUUAAAUUUUCGGGUUAAUUGACUUUGAUAUUGAUAUAUGGAGGAAUUUUAAGCCAGCAGAUGGAGAUGAAUUUCCGUGGCAUUGGAGAGAGGAAUAUGGGUUUUGCUUGUUUUGGGGAAGAGAAUGCCAGAAUGGGAUGUGAAGGUUUUUGAUUUGGUUUGUGUAGAUUUCUCCAUUGUAUUUCAAAUUGAUUCCUGAUGAAAAUUAAUCCAUCCAUUCAGACUUUGUGGAUGCAACAUUAUUUUCCAUUCAUGUUUUAGGGUUUAUUUUCCCAUCAUCUUUUCGGUUCCCAUAAAAUUGAGUUUGCUAC